AAAUAACACAUGGUUUUUCUUCCCUCAAAGACACAAAGAUCGCCUAAAAUCAUUCUUUGGGUCCACAACAUUCAUAAUAUCCAAAAGAAACUUCUUCUCUGAGCAAUUCAUUUCUAUUUCUUUGACAACCACAAUGAUGAAGUCUCUUGUAAUCCUUGUUGCUUUCUUUGUCGCUGCCUCGCAAGCUUUUGUGGUGGCUCCUCGACAGAACCGCCUCAUCUCUUCUUCCUUAUCCAUGAGUGAUGAACCGAUGCUUGGAGAUACGGAGCGAAUGCUACUCGAGACCAAGGAACGCAAAGAAUCUGGAAUCAUUCAGAAAUAUGGGCAGACGGUCAAGAACGAUGGAUUGGAUGGAGUGCGAGCAUUUGUGUGGGGUAUCUUUGAUGUGACCAAUGCUAUCUUUCCCGUGUUGGGCGUCGCAUUGACAAUGGGAUUGUUCUUGAACAUGGCGGGAUAUGGGUACUUCUUUGACACCAACCAUGGAUUGGUGGUGGAUACCCUUCAGCACAUUCAGCAGGAACAAGCGUUGCAAGCCGAAGCGGCCAGGAUGGCAACAGACGCCGUCAACAAGGCAGGGAUGUUCUAAAAACCGGUUGUCAGGGAUGGUUGUCAGGGGCAAUGGCAAUACACGUGAAAUCACUACGCCCACCCACCAAACGAAGAAACAAAAACAGUAAACUUGUACAUAAAAGGAAUUAGUAAACAAAACUAUCAUGAUGCCCAG